GCGCCCCGCGUCAGCGAUGGCCGCGGAGCUGAGUAUGGGGCCUGAGUUGCCCACCAGCCCGCUGGCCAUGGAGUAUGUCAACGACUUCGACCUGCUCAAGUUCGACGUGAAGAAGGAGCCGCUGGGGCGCGCCGAGCGCCCGGGCCGGCCCUGUACGCGCUUGCAGCCGGCCGGCUCGGUGUCGUCCACGCCGCUCAGCACGCCUUGUAGCUCGGUGCCCUCAUCGCCCAGUUUCAGCCCGACCGAGAAGACCCACCUCGAGGACCUGUACUGGAUGGCGAGCAACUACCAGCAGAUGAACCCCGAGGCGCUCAACCUGACGCCCGAGGACGCGGUGGAGGCGCUCAUCGGCUCGCACCCAGUGCCACAGCCGCUGCAGAGCUUCGACGGCUUCCGCGGCGCGCACCACCACCACCACCACCACCACCCACACCCGCACCACGCGUACCAGGCCGCCGGCGUGGCCCACGACGAACUGGGCCCACAUGCGCACCCGCACCAUCACCACCAUCACCAAGCGUCGCCGCCGCCGUCCACCGCGGCCAGCCCCACGCAGCAGCUACCCACCAGCCACCCCGGGCCGGGGCCGCAUGCGGCGGCAGCGGCCACGGCGGCUGGCGGCAGCGGCAGCGUGGAGGACCGCUUCUCCGACGACCAGCUCGUGUCCAUGUCAGUGCGCGAGCUGAACCGCCACCUGCGGGGCUUCACCAAGGACGAGGUGAUCCGCCUGAAGCAGAAGCGGCGGACCCUGAAGAACCGGGGCUACGCCCAGUCCUGCAGGUAUAAACGUGUCCAGCAGAAACACCACCUGGAGAAUGAGAAGACGCAGCUCAUUCAGCAGGUGGAGCAGCUCAAGCAGGAGGUGUCCCGGCUGGCCCGCGAGAGAGACGCCUACAAGGUCAAGUGCGAGAAACUCGCCAACUCCGGCUUCAGGGAGGCGGGCUCCACCAGCGACAGCCCCUCCUCUCCCGAGUUCUUUCUGUGAGUCGUGGCCGAUCUCGGCCCCCGCCCUUGCCCCGGCCCGGACUCCCCGUCCCGUGUCCCCAGCCCCGGACCCUCCCGGACCCAUGUUCCUGCCACUGCCCCAGCCUUGACCUGUUUGAUUUGGAGAGGGAGGAAGGGCGCGCGGGCCGCGGGCGACGGGCGGGCGCGCGGGUGGGUAGGGGAUCUCCGCCAAGGCGAGAGCAACGCGCACCAGCGCCGCCUCCUAGACUGGAGCAGAGCCAGAGAGAGACCAGGGGGUGGGAGGUCCCGGAGCAACUUUUCUCCAGGCUGGAGGGCAGCGAGGCAUAGUCCUAAGCAGCCGCCAAGGCUGUCUGGAGACUCCUGGCUUUCUGAACUUUGCGCGUUAAGCCGGGGCCGCUUCCUUGCUGCCCGGAGCGCAGUCCGCCCCAAGAAAAGAGCGGCGAGGAGAGGAAAGGAGGGAAACCCUGGCGUACCCUCAGGCGAGAGACAAGGCUGAGCGGAGGAAGGACAGAUGGACCUGUCUGUCCAGGGUCCGGAGAACACUGGCUCUCAGUCCGGGGCCGCGGGCCUCAGUUAGGACGUUCGGCGCGCAGAUCUCAUCAGUUUUAUUGCCUGCUCGAUUAUACAGAAAAAAAAAAAAAAACAACACGAAAAUCUGCAUUAAAAAUAUUAAUCCUGCAUGCUGGACAUGUAUGGUAAUAAUUUCUAUUUUGUACCAUUUUCUUGUUUAACUUUAGCAUGUUGUUGAUCAUGGAUCAUAACCCCCUUGUUUGUUUGGGUGGAAGGGAUCGCAGUUCGGAAACUCCGGGGACUGCGUGCGUUGUUUGGGUUUCAGUCCUGGCUGUUGGCUUGUAAAUACCCGCCCCGCCAAAUCGCGUAGAAAAUGUGGCCGCAAGCUGUCUUUGUUUGGGUUUAUCAUUAUGACUUUUUUUUUUUUUUUUGGUAAGUAGAGAAAUAAAAGUUCCGGGCACUUUGCACCAGCAUCAGAAAACAACUUUGUCUUGGGGCACCCUUGGAAGUUGCAUGUUCUCUUCUCCUUGCCUGCCCCUCAUUCAGUCCUCUUUUUCCUCUCGCUUUAGUUUUCAGUUUUGUUGGGUGUUGAGAGAGGAAGAGAGGACUGGAAUCCCAGCUCCCCAGUACCAGGGCAGGGGAGCUGCGGACUUCCACACCCCGAGGCCCGAGGUACGCUUGCUCCUCUCCUAGUCUUCAAGCGAAAUUGACACCCCAACCAGAAAGGAAAGGAAAAUAGAUCGUGUUUGCUUUUUAUUGUAACCAGACUCACCCCGGGGUCCGUUUGCAACCUCCUAUGCCCUUACUAAUUGCAGCGGCCGCAGCGCUCCUAAAGGCCAGCGGUUUCGCCAGCCGGUGGUGACCUGAGCUUCUGUUGAAUCAACUGCCACGCUCUGAAUGUCCCGAGAAGCUAAACCUCGGCAAGUAAUUUUGCAACUUUCAAGGGCGUUCUUUAGAUCAACACGUUGUGUGUUUCUUUGCCUGCUUUUGAAAUAAGGGGCGAGUUAUUGGUGGUGUUCCUCCCCCCUUCGGUUGUAUAAUAGUUAUAGGGAAGAUCUGGGUGGCUUUUUUGUUUUGUUACUUUUUUUUUUUCUGCAGGUCAGUAAAAGGAUUUAAGUUGCACUGACAAAAAUACCAAAAUGAAAGCGUAUUUUUUAGUCACCAUUUGCAAUUGCUGGCGGUGCUGGCCGGAUGCAUUCUGAGUUUGUAUUAGUUGAUAAAUUAACAGUAAUAACAAGAUUGUAUGAACCGCAUGGUGCUUGCAGUUUUAAAUAUUGUGGAUAUUCGUCCUGCAUCAGAAAUGAGCUUUGGUUUUUACGGAUUCAACUGUGUUGAAAUCAAACUUGCUGCAACGGAAAUUGUUUUUAUUUCAUGUAAAAUAAGGGAUCAAUUUCAAACCCUGCUUAUGAUAUGAAAAUAUUAAAACCUAGUCUAUUGUAGUUUUAUUCAGACUGGUUUCUGUUUUUUGGUUAUUAAAAGGGUUUUCCUAUUUUGCUUAUUAAAACCAUGGAAAUGGUGUUUAUUUAGA